AUGAACCAAAUGCCCCAAACCAUAUCGUUUUCGCCCGCAAAGACGAAUCCGUUCACGCCCGUCACGCCCGAGGGCCAGCCAAUUUUCUUCUCGGCCCUGCACCAGGGCUCGGGGGUUGUUAAUGUCUGGUCGUGGGACAAGACCGGAGCAAAGUCCAACCCGGACAAGGCGCGAAAGCUUCUGAAGGAGACCUUGAGCAAGUUCAAUAAAGAUCCUAGGAACAGUGCGCAGCAGGCGAAGGCCGUGACGGAUAAGAAUAUCAUCGGCUUCAAUGCCGUGGUGGAUUACUUCCCUCACGUUGGCCCGGCGGAGAUCGCCCAGGGUUGGUAUGACCGGUUCAACGCCUUGAAUGGCGAAGAUCACACAGUUUACGCUUCUGGUUUGAACGCUUUUGAAACAGUUGAGCAUGCACUCCGGGCAGGAGAGAUGUGGUGGACUCUUACUUGUAAUCGGAUAGCCGUUUAG